GUUAAGCUACUGGUAGUAAGCACGUUUGUUUUAUUUUUUGUAAUAAAAUGCUUGGCCCAGAAAAGAAAUUUUCGCCAACAGAUUUAUUGGAAUAUGCAGACAUGUUACUAAAAGCCGCGAACCUCCGCGAGGCCCACAUCCAGCAACAAGCUAGUAGCUACAGCUGGCUGUCAUCCAGGCACCUUCAGAACGAGCACAUGAGGAGCAGCCGAGAACUGGAGACUCUACGGCCGAUGGUGCAGAAGAUGUCACCAGAAAGCUGCGCCAAAAUCGCUGUCAAACUCGACAACUUAACAGAUGGUGAGGAAUCGACGACGGCCAUUUUAGAUUUACUUAAAAACCUCAUCGAUGAACAGCAUAAUAUACAAAUGAUGGACCAAAAUGUCAAAAAGGGCUAUAGGAAGAAUAGAGUGAACAAAGUGCAUCCCGAAUUGGUACCUUAUGGUAGACAACCUACGGUCUCUUUUAUAUUGUACUCAAUGUAAUAAAUUUUGCUUGCGUGAUUCUAAAAAG